AUGAUUUCCUCCCUCUUCGGAAGUACGGUACGUCGUCGUGGCAGCGUCGUUCAAGGUGAUUACGAAAUGGCCAAAAGACUGGGCAAGAAACGCUUGGUAUCUCCACAGUUUUCUUUCUCGGCUUUUGUUUCCUUAUACUUUGGCGUUCCUUUGACCGGCAUUCUUGGUCGUUCUCAUUCCUUCUUUCCUGGCUUUUGUUGCCCCAUGCUUUGGGUUUCCUUUUACCAGCAUUCUCAGUCAUUCUCAACCCCUCUUGGGCCUUCUUGUACCCCACUGUUGACCUCGUCUCGGUACGAAAAAGUAGCACGUAUCUGGCUUAACAUACCUUCACUCCGCAUCAUCCGGUCUUACAGCUUCCUCCUGUCCCCACGUCCCGCAGGCGGUAUGCAGGAAGCAAGUCCGGAAGUUUCGCCUCCUGCACCUCAUCGUCGACUUUUCGCUCCAGCUUUGGCCGCAGAGCAUAGGGAUCGUCUGCUGGAACAAUUGCAGCAGAAUAACAGUGCUCUUCAACAACGCAGGACAGCAGCAACCCCUGCAAGAAGAGAGCGAGAGGCCGAGAUAGGCGACGGUGAGAAGAACAACCAGAAGGAGGCACUACAGCGGAAGAAGGCACCCAGGCGGACAGUGCUUAGCCACGCCUUCGGUCGUGCGGCAGAAACCGUCCUCCCAGAACAAGAUGUAGCGCAGCCACAGCUGGUCCAUGGUGGAGAGGAGCAAAUGGAGAAAGACGCCAUCCGCGAAGAAGCAAUGAAGAUCAGCAACAGACACCCUGGUGACCAGGCAGCGUAUGCUGAUACUGUCAAUGCCAUGUCAUCCGCCAACACCACCACCACCACCAGUCGCAUCGUGUUUGGCUUUGCACUGCUCUGCCUGGCCGGUAUGGUAUACGCCAUACUCCAUCCUUUGGGCUCUGACAUAGCCUGCAUCACUGUGCACCGUGUGUUCUGUCCCAGGGCCAGUCGGCGUUUGCCUAUCAUGCAAAUCGCAGGCAUGCCUGCAAGUGCAACACUGCAUUCGUGCACUCAGUCCCAGUAUGAAGAGUGGGUGCUGGCUCCAGCAUAUCAACUCGGCGAACAGGCGGACAGCGUGACAUUGCGAUCUACGGAGGAGACGGUGCUGGUCAAGGAUAUGGUGCGGAGUACGCUCACGGCGGCGAACAUGGGUUGGAUGGUGCUCGGGCAAGGGUCAUGGGGUGAGGCGUGUGUUGCUGAGGUGGAAGAGGCGGCGACAUGUUGGGCUGAUGCAGGCAGAGCAGAAGGCACGUAUAUGCAGCACUUGAGCGAUGCGGCACUGUUGCUGAGGAUAGCGUGGGACGGGUUGACCAAUGGAGAUGGAGGUAGUGAUUCAGCGCAACAGUACGGAUUGCUGCGGUGUAUCGAGGCGAGCGACGUAGCGCGGCGGUGUGUUGAUGCGCGGCGGAGAGGACAAGAAGGUCGCGUGCAGCAGGCGAUAAGAGCCACCGCCGUCGAAGCAGAGGCGACAGCAGAUUGGCUGCAGUUGCUGGCGCGGUACACCGAUGCCGAUGCGGGAGAGCAGCGCUCGUCACUCGCGGGCUUGGCGGAGGCGGCGCGGCGGGUCACGACGGCGGUGGCGGUGGCGGUGGCGGCGGUGGCGGUGGCAGAAGAGGAUGAGAAGGCGAAUGAUGCACCGAGGCAGAGGCAAGACUCGACCUUGCUGGACGCGGAGAACGGGCCGCGGCCGAGGCUUCAAGGGCGCGCUCGACAAUUGGUGCUGGCGCGAGCGCGCGGUCAACCCGAAAUGCUGGCUGCAGCAGUCGCCGCCGUAUGGCAAGAAACAUUGGCUGAUCUGCAGCGCAUCUGUACGAGUGAGACCUCAGAGUUCAUACAAUCAAUCCCACAUCCCAUCGGAAGUAACGCUCUCUCUUCAAACACCUUCUUCGUGCCUACUCUCCUGUCUUCUCAUCAUGAAUCGGUAUUGCAUACAUUCGCUGUCCGGGACUUGAAUUGCGCUGACAUCCGCUCACGAAUGCUCACGAAUCCUGGAUCAAACUUAGCCACCUAG